UAUCAGUGGCUGUAUUGACCCACACGGCGUACACAAGAAUGGUCCAUGGUUCCCUCCCAAUAGAAAAGGCAGGCAACAAUGAUAUAGUGUUUAAUCACAUACAAUAUCAGAAAUUAUAUGUACAUAGCAACAUUGAGUAAAGGAUUUUUAUCUGCCAGAGAUUUGCUAUAGAACUGUACGCUAUGUUAUAUACUUCGCCAAGUUUUCAACAUGGUACUCUAGAUUGUGAUGAUGAAGAGGAGUAAAUAUAUUAUAGGCAGAACACAAGAGUUGUGGCGGAGAGGAGAGGCUGUCAUCUGCUGGAGGGGGUAAUAAUGCAGUGCCUAUUGGUGUCACCCAGCACCAUACAAUAUAUAGUUGAUGGAAUAUAGGGAUGAGUAAGACAACUCUGGAUUAGUAACAACCUUUGAUAGCUGAUGGAUGAUAUAACAAAGGCAGAAUUCUCAAACUUGGUGAAGUUUGUAAAGUCAUCCAGUGAAAACUUGGACUCCAAGUCAUGUGAAGGACGUUUCCAUAACCCUAAAGGUGAACAGUCAUUGUCCGGCAGUGAUGCAGUACUCAUUUAUAAGGACAUCAUAUCGAGUCAUUCAGAUAAUUCAAAAGACAAUGAGAACAACUGUGGACAUGGUGCUGACACCUCAACACAACAGGUCAUUUUAAAACAACAAAAAACAAAACAACUGUUUUCCAAAAAUCAUAGUGAUGAUUCUCGCUACCAAAAGUUCAGUGUGAGAUCUUUUCUUACAAGUUCCCAGAACGGAGACCUAGCCACAGUCAAAGAGUGUUUGACAAGUGGUGUGAGUGUGGAUAGUCGAGAUCACUUUGGAUGGACAGCUCUCAUGUGUGCAGCAUGCAGUGGACAGAGCAGAGUAGUAAAACAGCUCCUAGCUAGUGGUGCAAAUACACACCUCACAGCAUCUGGUGGUAAAACUGCCUCUUCCAUCGCUUUUAAUGCAGGUUACUAUGGUAUAGUAAAAUUAAUAUCAGAAUUUGAUCCAAAUAAACCUGAGGUCAUUACAGGUAGAACAAAAUCAUCUUCCAGUGGCACUCUAAAUGAGGUGCAGCAAUUCUACUGUGAUGUUUGUAAACUUGAAAUCAAAUCAACUUCACCAAUACAUCAUCAAGCAUCAACGGUACAUCUAUUUAAUGCAAAGGUGAAGGCAAAGCCACAUAGUUUCAUGGAACUUUCUAAAAGCAAAGGGUAUCAGAUAAUGAGAAGAACUGGAUGGGAUGGUGAGAAAGGUUUGGGGUCAGAAGGUCAAGGACAUAAAUUCCCAAUAAAGACAAUUCUUAAAAAGGACAGAGCAUGCUUAGGUUCCGACACAUCAAAGGAGAAAGCUAAGGUUACACAUUUUGGUCCAAGAGAUAUGAGUGCUAUCAAGAGAAACAUUCAUGUUGCAGAAAGAAAAAUGUCUGCUAGGACUUUAAGUAGAAGAGCACAGAAAGCAAAGGAGAGGAAACAAAAACAAUGGGAGAAAAAGUUGAGAUGGCAGUUAAACUCGGUUGAUUGAUUUUCUUUGAAGAACUGUUAGAAAUAUACAACUAUAUUUAACUCAAAUGAAUAAAUGUUUAUUAAUUCAGAAAGUAAUAAUGUUUUAGUGUUGCAUUAGUAAAAAGAAGGGAAUCAUUAAGCUUUUUUUAAGCAAUGAAGUAUGAACAAAAUAUUUGUGUUUCUAUAGAUAUGCUUUAAAUGUAACUGGUGAAAGUGAAGUCUGAAGUGAAUUGUGUUUGCCAAGGUAAGACAUAUGCAAGUGUGUACACUUAAAAUUCCAAAAAGUUCCUAGGCUCAAUACUGAUGAUUAAACACAAAUGGAAAAUAUAAAUAACAUUUUCCCAUCUUUGUUUUAACAUUGCAAUCACAGGGCUUUUUCUGAGGGCUUUUUUGGGGACGUUAAUUGGCCCCAAUCUCAGUUCAAAUUAUUUCAUAUUUAAGCCAAAUUUGCAAAACUUGCAGUUUACUCUCAGGUAAGUUCUUCAUCAUUCUCUUGGUUAAAUGUCCUUUGUAGGUUGUCCAAGGUGUCUUAUUUACUGUACAUUUCAAUACUGAUUAGAAGAAUGCCAUGGUAAACAAGUGGUCAUCCUAGCUAGAAUAGGUAAGGUGUACAUGUUACAAUUUCUCAUGAUCAGGAAAUACUUCAUCAGUCUUUCAUUCAGUGUAUAAUUGCUGGUCACAUGUACCUACAAUGUACAUAGUUUCCUCUUAUGAUACCAUAUAAAUAACAACUAUGCACUGGCAAUUUUUUUUUAUUGAUCUGAAAAAACAGAAUCACACAUGGACUGCCAUCUAACUUGUGUAAGUAAUUGGCAUGAUCUAUCCUUAUGUUUUUGGAAUUUUAUUCAUCGGCCUUUCUCACAUUUCACAUGUCAAUUUCACUAUGUCUCUAGUUUUAUAUAUAGCUAUAGUCAUGUAUAAAAUUUCAUAUUUACACCAAAACACCCCACCAUCAAGUUUGACACUGUAUUACAUCAAAGUGUAUAAGGUGGCACAUUUCUACAUUUGAAAUAAUGAAAUACCUUUGAACAUUGCAUCUCAUGAACCAUGGUUCCUGGUUAUGCAUAUUGCAUUUUGAGACCAAUCGAAAAACAAUGUGGCCGACAGGCAGCCAUCUUGGAUUUUGACAAUUGAAGUUUGUUAUCGCUAUUUCUCGGAAAGUACUGAAGGGAUCUUUCUCAAAUUUCAUAUGUAGGUUGCCCUUGGUCCCUAUACAAUUAUGCAUAUUUCACAUGGCCGACUGGAGGGAUGUUUCUCAAUUUACACAGAUUAGUAAGAGGAAGGGAAAAACAGAGAGAAUAUCAAUCUGACAUGGAACCUAUAGAUCAUUCAAUGGGGGUUAUGGGCACCAAUAUCACUCUGGGAUCUCUUGUUGUAUAAUGUGGCAAGUGUCCUUUUCUAAGUUAUGUUGAUACUAAAAUGUUGAUGUUUCUAGUAUAUUUUUAAGUUAUAUUGGGUGUGACUGAAACAAAUAGAAUACAAAUAGAAAGGUUAUUUCUGCAAUUGUUAUGUAUACUGUAGUAUAUUGAUUAUGAAAUAUUGAUGUAUUUUGUUGCACAUUUAAUGUGUUAGACGGGGUGUACAUGUGUGUGCGUUCAUGCGUCUGUGUGUGUGUGAAAUAUUGAAAAGGUCAUGUAUAUACAUGUAAUUGGUUUAUAUUUAUUGUAUACAUUAAUUAUAAAACAUUGAUGUUUUAUAGCAUAUUGUGAUUGUGUGUGUAUGGAGUGAUGUGUAUAACAUUGAUAUGUUUUCUACCAUAUUAUGUAUGCUUAAAUGGAAUGACAUUAGAAAACAUAAAUGUUUUUUCUAAGCAAAGUGAGUGUUUGAAGGUGGUUGUGUACAUAUGUGAUGGUGUGUGUGAUUGAUUAUACAGUAAUUGAUCUAGUGUGGACAGGUUUAGAUGUGUAGGAGUGAACAGUAAAUAUGAGCAAGUCAUAUCAUAUAUAAUGUAUGUAAAUUGUAUUGCUGAAAAACUGAAUAAAAGGAAAUUAUAAAGAAUGGAACAAAAGAA